AUGGAAAACGUAGUAGUAGCCGAGCAAUUAAAACGAGGGAUAUCAAGACAAUCCUCGACAGGAUCAGUACGACGAGGAACACUAAGCCGACAAUUCACACGCCAAUCCUCUCUCGAUCCACGACGUAACAACAUGAGGUUCAGCUUCGGUCGUCAAUCUUCUCUCGAUCCGAUCAGACGUAGCCCCGAAUCUUUAAGCUGCCAGCCUCAGAUGAUGUCUGUCCCCGAGAAUCUUGAUUCCACCAUGCAGCUUCUCUUUAUGGCGAGUAAAGGCGACGUUGAAGGAGUUGAGGAGCUGCUCGAUGAAGGGAUCGAUGUGAAUAGCAUUGAUCUUGAUGGUCGUACGGCUCUUCAUAUUGCUUCUUGUGAAGGUCAUUAUGAUGUUGUUAGGGUUCUCCUUAGCCGGAGAGCUAAUAUCGAUGCUCGUGACCGUUGGGGUAGCACGGCGGCUGUUGAUGCCAAGUAUUAUGGGAAUGUUGAAGUGUUUAAUCUCUUGAAAACUCGAGGAGCUAAACCUCCGAAAACCAGAAAGACUCCAAUGACAGUGGGAAAUCCAAAAGAAGUUCCGGAGUAUGAACUUAAUCCACUCGAGCUUCAAGUCAGAAAAUCUGAUGGCAUCACAAAGGGAACUUACCAAGUUGCUAAGUGGAAUGGCACGCGAGUCUCGGUAAAAAUAUCCGAUAAAGAUAGUUAUACAGAUCCGGAACGAGUAAAUGCUUUCAAUCAUGAAUUAACUGUGCUAGCUAAAGCUAGGCAUCCAAAUAUCGUUCAAUUUGUUGGAGCUGUCACUCAAAACCUACCAAUGAUGAUUGUUGUUGAGCAUAAUCCAAAAGGUGAUUUAAGUGAAUAUCUUCAAAAGAAAGGUCGUCUUUCUCCUUCAAAGGCUUUGAGAUUUGCUCUUGAUAUUGCUAGAGGCAUGAACUAUCUUCAUGAGUGUAGACCAGACCCGGUCAUCCACUGCGAUUUAAGGCCAAAAAAUAUUUUGCUGGAUAGAGGUGGACAAUUAAAGAUCUCUGGAUUUGGUUUGAUAAAGUUGGCCAAGGUUUCAGAAGAUAGUGUCAAAGUAGUGAACCACGAAGCUCAUAUCGAUAAAUCAAAUACCUACAUAGCUCCAGAACUUUACAAAAACAUAAUCUUCGAUAAAAGUGUUGAUGUUCAUUCGUUUGGUGUCAUUUUAUAUGAGAUAACUGAGGGAGUAUCGAUUUUUCAUCCUAAACCCCCUGAAGAGGUGGCAGAGACGAUAUGUAUGGAAGGAAGGAGACCAACAAUCAAGACAAAGUCCAAGGACAUUAACAACUCAAGAAUCUUGCUGAUUAUCUCUAGGUUGAUUGAGGAAUGUUGGCAUCCAGAUACAAGUGUAAGGCCAAUAUUCUCUGAUAUUAUUAUUCGACUCGACAACAUAGUUGCAAACUGCUCUAAGCAGGGUUGGUGGAAAGACACAUUUAAGUUUCCCUGGAAAUAA